ACACACAGGGGGGAGGCAUGUGAGUGUGGGUAGCAACACAACAGCAACACAUGUUUGCUCGGCUCUGCUGCGCUGCUUUGCCAAAUGAAAUGAGAUGAAAUGAUCUUCGAGUACCUCCUCAAGCACGUGCUGUACCAGUCGGUCGGUCCGGGCGAUAUGCAGCUAGCUAGGCCGAGAAAACGAACCAAGAUAACAAUACACUUACACCAUGGGAAAAAUAGAAGCCAAGGCAAAAGGAUUUAGAUUUGCAUUUGCCCAACAAAUAGGAAUCCAAGACAAGAUGCCCAAGUGGUGGUCCGGUCCGGGUGUUUAUAUAUCUUCCCCCUCCGCCAUGUUUGCUCAUCCGGCACACCAACACCACUGCCACCUUCUUCUCCUUUUGCUCAUCGGGCAGCUUAUAGGUGGUGAUGCCUUCACCUUUUGAUACUUGGUUGUUGUUGUAAGCCUAGUCGACAUUCGCUGCUGCUGCUGUGCCCUGUAUCUUGCCAUGUCGUCCUCGUCGGAGGAAGCAACAAGGGUUCAGGCAACAAUGGAGGGGAGGCCGACGGGCCGUGGCAGCCCAGGCUCAUCAGGGACGAGGGUGACGGUGGUGUACUACCUGUGUCGCAACGGCCGCCACCUGGAGCACCCGCACUUGAUGGAGCUGCUCCUCGCCUCCCCCCGCCUCUACCUCCGAGAUGUGUUGAGCCGGCUGGACGCGGUGAGAGGGAAGGGCAUGGCCGCCAUCUACUCCUGGUCCUGCAAAAGGAGGUACAAGACCGGAUUCGUCUGGCACGAUGUGUCGGAGGAUGAUGUGCUGCUGCCUGCGCAGGGCAGCGAGUACGUCCUCAAGGGCUCCCUCCUCCACCACUCGCCACCACCUGCACUUGCACCUCCGCCGCCACCACCAGAGCAGCAGCAGCAGAAGAAGAAUGUCGACACAACCAUUACUCCAAAGGUCCAGUGUGUCAAGCCAACUUCUCCUACUCCUGAACAAGAGUCGCCACUCUCACAGGAAGGCUGCUGGACUACUACUUCAUCGUGGCCGCCAUCUCCUCCUGCUCCUGCUCCCGCUCCCGCUCCCAUGGUCGAGGCGCCACCUGCGCUCCUGCAGCAACAGCAACAGCCACAGCCACAGCCACAGCCAGUGCGGUCAUCAUUUUCUUCCAUCACCGGGGACGGGGACGAGGAGGCAGCUCAUUCAAGCUCUUCAGGCAACUCAUCGUCUCCUGAUAAUCCAACCAGAGGCUCAAGUGGAAGCACGCCUUGCUCCUCAGGUGGCGCAAGCUCUCCUGGUUCUCCACCUAGACUCACGCCUUACAACAAGCACAAGCCCGGGCACAACUCCGUUGCAGGGCAUGAUGCAGCGACGCAAACCGAUGGAAUACCACCAGCUAGGAGGGAGGUUCAGAAGGACACUAGUAGCAUGUCGGGCAUGGCGGCCGCGCCUACCGAAGACGGCCAUCGAGGAGGAUCUUCCUCCUCCGGCACCGGCGGUAGGAGCGGGACCUUGGAGACCCUGAUAAGGGCCGAGGCUCUUGGCAGGAGAGGUGCAGCUACAAAGAGGAUCCUACUAGAGGAGGAGGAGGAGGAGGACAAGGAAGCAGUGCAGUCGCUGGGCGCGAAGCUGAAGCCAGCCAACCUGCUGAUGCGGCUGGUGGCUUGUGGGUGGACCAUGUCCGCGAGGCACCACCCUGCCUGUGGCCUCAUGCACAAGCCCCACCAUGUUCAUGUUGAUCUGCCGCCGUCAUCUCCAGUCUUGUCUCCCCUCGGCGCACUCAUCAUGCGUCCUCCUCAAACUGUUGGAGACAGAGUCUCAGAAUCAGGAGGAGAUUGCUGCGGCCAUUGCAGAGGGAGCUUCCGUCAAACUGCUGCAGCUGCAGGCAAUGGGGAUGAGUCAGCCAAAGGGAUGCCCACCUCUUCGUCUUGCAAACACGACGGAGUUUCUGAAAAAGAAGGCACCGUAAGGGAAUUAGUUAGUUUGGAGAGCUCAAGCAAAUGUACCCCACAAACAAUCAAGAUGUCAUCAUGUGAGCAAUCCAGGAGCCGCACGACACUGAUAUCGAUAACCACAGAUCUCAGUGGUGAACAUGACUCUAGCAGUGGGCCUUCGCUCAAGACCUUAUCAACAGGUACGAGCAAAAGGAUGACCCAUCCAACGUCAGGGAAAAUACCUUCUCCAAGAGUAGUAUCAUUCCAUGAUGAAAAGGAGAAAGUGGUCAAGAUUGAAGAAAGGCUUGCUUCUGGAGCUCGUGUCAUAAUCCAGUGUGCACCCUUACUCAAAGACAGUUACAUCAGUGCCACAGCAAUGUAACUGGGGCGACUGCCCCCAUAUUUCCUCUCCUUUCAUUUUCUUUUCUUCCCUCAGAAUUCAGUAAUCGUGGCCAGCAGUUGAAAUAAUUAGCUGCAGUUGUAUUGAAUUUGUCUCCCCGAUGUAAUAAUUAGCUGUUCGAGUGUCUGUCCCUAAGUGCCUUUCAGAAGGAUUAUCACUGUGAUCAA